AUGACGUUGGUGCGGGUAACCCAGGAGGGGGCCCCAUAUUUCCAGUCCCUGCUGUCUGGAGCCGGCUCUUGGUUCCGCGCCAUUCUUGCAGCCCCUUCAGCGGCAGCAGCUGAUGGGAUGAGGGAGAUCCAGACACCAGCUCGCCUGAUUGCACCACCUUUGCUUCCCCCCUACCACCAAAAUAAGGAGAGCUCAAUGUGGUCAAGAUCAUCAUGGACUUCAUUGUUCCUAGUACGACUCUGGAGAGUAGGGGAGAUUGCCAUCGACAAGAUACGAUUCAUCUCGGCUUGCUCCGACGGAUGCUGGGCGCCGAACAUUAUUCCGCACGUGUGUAGCACUCCGCCCUUGUCUCGGUGGCUUCCCACGCUUCAGACAAAAAAGAUUGUCCAGCGUCCCAUGUGGCUGGAUCCUGGCCAGCAGACCCAGGCCGGUUGGCCGGAUGCCGAACGUCAACGUCAAACUGCCCCAGCCUUGUAA